AUGAAUAGUCAUUAUUUCAAAGAUCUUGAUGAGUAUGAACUCGACAAUGAAGAAUCAAUACGUCCUAGAUGGAAAGAGACCAGGGAAUCAAAGAUUGGAAUGGAUUCCUAAAAUCUUCAACCCUUUCGCAAAGAAUUGCUACAUGUAUAAGAUUCAAUUAUGCUUCCUAAGACUACUAAUGAUAAUUACAAGAUGACUGAUGAAAGAUUGGAAGCCUUUUAUAGAGAAAAAGAAAUCAUUAUUAAAACGUUUGAGAACUAGAAGGUUCCUCCUCCAUUUUUAAGUUGGGCCUCUGCUGGUUUCCCAAUUCCAAUUUUAGAAUCCAUAGAAUAAUUGUAAUUUAAGAGUCCAACAAUAAUUCAAUCAGUUGUUUUUCCAAUAAUUUUGGCUGGAUAUGAUGUAAUAGGGAUUGCAUAGACAGGUUCAGGAAAGACUAUUGCUUAUUUAUUGCCAGGAUUAAUUCAAAUUACAAGCUAGAAAACUGAGGAAUUAAACAAUACAAAAAAAUAAAAUGGACCUUAAAUGCUAAUUUUAGUGCCAACUAGAGAAUUGGCUAUGCAAAUAGAGUCAGAAAUUUAAUUAUUUACAUAAAAUUAUCGGUUAAAAACACUCUGCAUAUAUGGCGGAAUUAAUAAUAGAAAAAACCAAUUUUAUAACUUAGGAAGGUUUCCAAAUAUUUUAGUGGCUACUCCAGGAAGACUUUUAGAUUUUUUAAGGGAAGGAGCAACAACAUUAGCCAAUGUCAGUUAUCUAGUAAUAGAUGAAGCAGAUAGGCUUUUGGAAUUGGGUUUUGAAGAUACAAUCAGGGAGAUAGUGUAGUAAAUUAGAUUUGAUAGGUAAACAGUAUUUUUUUCGGCUACCUGGCCCAAAGCUGUUAAAGACCUAGCAUUUGAUUUUUGUUAAUAUAGCCCAAUUUAUGUCUAAAUUGGAAAGUCGAAUUUAACAAUAAACAAGAAUAUUGAUUAAGAAAUAAUUUGUCUAUUUCAGAAAGACAAGCUACAAAAACUACUUGAUAUUCUGGACACCUUGAAAAUAUCGGACAAAGUUCUCAUCUUCUCAGAGUAAAAGUAGCGAUGUGAACAGUUAUCUAUAAAUAUGGCUGAUAAAGGAUAUUACACAAUAGCAUUGCAUGGUGAUAAAACAUAACCUCAGAGAGAUGAGAUAAUGAAGGCCUUUCGCAGUGGUUACACUCGUUUAUUGUGUGCAACUGAUUUAGCAUCUCGAGGAUUAGAUGUAACAGAUAUUACUGUCGUAAUUAACUAUGAUUUUCCAAAAUAUUUUGACGAUUACAUCCAUCGAAUAGGAAGAACUGGAAGAGGCGAAAAGAAAGGAAAGGCCUUCAGCUUUUUGGCUUAUGACAAAGAUGAACCCAGGAUUGCCAAGGAACUCUUGAAAUUGGCUCAAGUGGCUAAUCUUAAAUAUGAUGACUCUGCAUUACAAAAUUUUGCAAUUGGAAUAUUCCCUUAAAUGCGCAACGAUUUCGAGUAUAAUAGAUUUAAGUAAUAAUAAUCAAGAGAUAAUAAUUAAAGGGUUAAUUUCUAAUUUUCAAAAAAUUCACAAGAGUAAUAUCAUUAUGAAAACUAGAAAUCUAGAUAUCCUUAAGACAACAGAGGUUCCUAAGGAGAAAAUAAUAAUUAUUCAAAAUAUUCCAAUAUUUAGAAGGAGGAUGGCUCAAAUGGAGAUUCAAAUUACAAUUUUAGAUUUAAGGAUAAAUUCUAAGAUUAAUAAUACAAUAGAGAUUAAUAUUAAGGAAGAAAUUAAUGGAAAGAGUAUGGAAAUCAAAAGGAUUAUCGCUAUGACAAUGACUAACAUAGGUCAUAAAAUUAUUAUCAAAAUGGAGAUAGGAAAUAAUUUUAUGGAAAAUAGGAUAGAUUUGAUAACAGAUAAUAAAGAUAGGAAUAACCAUUUGAAUAGAAUAAAUAUAAUAAUGAUCAGAAAGAAAGAUAUUAUGAAACUGGUAGGUAAGAGAGGUAGUUUAGGCAGCAAGGGUAAGAUUGGUCUUAAAAUGGCUAAGAUAAAUAAGAAAAUGGAGAAGAUAAAUAAACAAAUAGAUAUGAUAGACCGAAAUGGCAAUAAUUUUAGGAGAAUUAAGAUGGAAAUUAUCGAUAAGAUAAAUUUGACAGAUUUAAUAAAAAAUAAUAAUAUGAUAAUCGCUAAUAUAAGCAUCAAGAAGAUGAUAAAGGUCUUUAGAAUGAUAGAUCAGAAAAAGCAUAUCGGUAAUAUGAUAGACAGGAACCAUCAAAUCGAGAAAACAGAAGAGUGAAUUUUACUGACCAGAAUGAUGAUAGAUAUGAAAAUAAUCAAUAAUAAUAUUAAUCUAGAUUCCCACCUGAGAACAAUUCAAAUAGAUGGGAUAAUUAAAAAAGUCAAAAGUAAUAGGAUUAUUGGAAUAACAAUAAAAGAUAAUACCCAUAUUAAUAAAGAUUUAAUGGAGGUUAAAAUAAUCCUAGAAGUUUCGAUAACUAAGGGGAAGAUUUUAAGAAUUCUAGAUAAGAAGAAUCUAAAAGACAAUAUACAAAUUAAGCUGAUGAAGGGAGCGCUUAAGAAUGGAAGCCUAAAUAGCAAGAGAAUAAUGAUAUGAUGAAGAACUAAAAGGAUUAGGUUAGAAAACAUUAGGUGAGAUUUGAUGUAGAAGAUGAUAGAUAACAUUAAUUUAAUAAUACUUUUAGAAUCUAAGAAGAGGAUAAUAAAAGAAAUUAUAAACAAAGUAGAUCUUGUAUUCGAGAUAGACAUGACGAUAGUAGGUCUUAGACAUUCAGAAAUAAUGAUUCAAUAAACCACCAUAAUUAAAGUUAAGGAAGGAAUUAUUUGGAUUAAAAUGAAAGAAGAAGAAAUGAAAAUUUUAGAGAUACAAGAUUUUCUAAUAAUCAAUAGUUUGAUUAAUAUAAUAAUUCAAGAAAACAAUAUGAUAACUAAAAUAGAAUAAAUAGAAAUUAAAUAGAAUAAAAUGGCAAUGAGGAUAAUAAAUUGAAAACAUUUAGAAAUACUUAAAGUUUAGAAAGAAACUAAUAAAUGCAAUUUUAUAAUUCAAAAUAAAUUACUAGAAAUACUGUUAAAACUGAUGAUUAAUUGAAUCUUGAUUAGUAGUAAAGAUAAGUAUCUAAUAAUAUUUGGAGAAAUAGAAAUAAUGACCUAUAACAAAAUUAGGAGGGUGCAGUAAAUAAUUAAGAAAUUGAUAAACCAAUUAAGAAUUCAGAUGAGGAUAAGGGUUAGAAAAUAUAAUCAUAAAUUAUUUAAAAGCAAUAAGAAAUGGAAGAGAUUAAUGAACUUUAAGAAUAUAAUUUUAACUAUGAUCCAAAUCAAUCAUCUGAUGAUGGUGAAAUAGAAGAUGAAUAUGAUAAAAUUGAAUAAGAAAACAAUUAAAUAGAUAAAUAGCUACCUGACAUCUAAAAUCAUAAUAUUGGUUUACAAUCAAAGUCAUAAACAAGUGAUCAAAUUAGAACAGUAAUAAUUCAAGAACAAUAAGAUGAAAAAAUAGAUUAAGUAUAAAUUGUUGAGGAUGAUACUCAAUAAAUAAAAUCUAAUAUUAAUGAAAGGGAAUAAGAUAAUGUAGAAGAUGGUUCUGAUAAUGAAUUUGAUUUUACGAGAUUCAGUAGGACUAUUGAGUAGGAAAAUCGAUUAAAAUUUGAAGAUAGUCAGCAAUAACACACUAAUAAUAACAGAGCAAUAAAAAAUGAAGAAGAAGAAGAAGUAAAAGUAGACCCUAAAUAGGAAUGA